CUGCACGCCUCUAAACUGCUCUGCACUUCAUUCACACGGAGGAAAUAUCACAGCAUAGGUCAGGCACAGCUAGACAUAUCUCCUAUUGGACUAGUAUUGCUGAAAUGUCUUCGUUGAUAUCAGAUGGAGAAACGGUUAAUAGCUAGCUAAAAAAUUAAACUGGCGCAAUGUUAAGUUGUAUUACUGUAGUAUACGCUAAUAGGUAGUUAAGGUGUGCGCUGUCUCUGCCUAAUAGUCUAAACUGUCAUUUAUCAGGACUUAGAGCAGGUUAGCUAGCCGGCUAACUACCUGAGCUGUCUGCGUUGAUGUGUGCUCUCCGGCGUCUCGGAGCGGAGAUGUUUAGUGUUCAGUAGCUGCAUGUUGUUGUUUUUUUACAUUUUAAUUUGACUUGACGUCGACAUGGAGCUGUUUCAGGCGAAAGACCAUUACAUUCUUCAGAGUGGAGACAAGGCUCUGUGGUGCAGCAGGAAGGAUGGCUCCAUGUCCGUGAGACCCGCAACUGACCUGCUACUAGCUUGGAAUCCAAUAUGUUUGGGACUGGUGGAGGGCGUUAUUGGAAAGAUUCAACUUCAUGCUGACUUUCCUCUGGGCCUGAUUCUGAUCCGCCAGAAAGCACUCGUGGGCUUAUUGCCAGCAGAGCACAAGGUGUACAAGAUCACAAAAAUAACCGUUAUCCCACUCUCAGAAGAUGAACCACAGGAUCUGGAAUUAGAGCUUUGUAAGAAGCACCACUUUGGGAUCAACAAACCAGAGAAAAUUACCCAGUCUCCAGAUGAGUCUAAGUUUCUGUUGAAGACCCUGAGUCAAAUCAAGUCCAAUGUUGCUGUUCCCAGCAAGAAAAAGGUCAAAGAGAAUAAAGAAAAGGAGCGUCUGGAGAGGAGACUGCUUGAUGAGCUGUAUAAGAUAUUCAUGGACUCCGAUUCCUUUUACUACAGCCCCACUUAUGAUCUUACAAAUACUGUACAGAGACAGGGAGCCUCAGACAAGUCUGAUCUGCCCCUGUGGAAACGGGUUGAUGACAGAUUCUUCUGGAAUAAACACAUGAUACAGGACCUAAUUAACUUACAGGCUCCUGAGGUGGACUUUUGGGUGAACCCCAUAAUCCAAGGCUUUGUGCAGGUGGAGGAGCUGGUGGUGAACUACAACGAGAGCUCAGAUGAGGAAAAAAGCAGCCCAGAGACACCACUGCAGGAGCAGCACACCUGUGUGGACGACAUUCACCCACGCUUUACGGUGGCUCUCAUUUCCAGACGCAGCCGUCACCGUGCGGGCAUGCGCUACAAACGGAGAGGAGUGGACGCUGAAGGACAUGUGGCCAACUAUGUGGAGACAGAGCAGCUAAUCCACGUGCAUAAUCAUACACUGUCAUUUGUACAGACACGAGGCUCUGUCCCUGUGUUUUGGAGCCAAGUUGGGUACCGCUACAAUCCCAGACCACGUCUAGAGAAAGGAGAGAAAGAAACCACUCCCUAUUUCGCUUUGCACUUUGAGGAGCAACUUAAAAUUUAUAAAAAACAGGUCAUAAUCAAUCUGGUGGACCAAAAUGGCCGUGAGAAGUUGAUUGGUGAUGCAUACCUUAAACAGGUGCUACUUUUCAACAACCCCAACUUAACCUACGUCUCAUUUGACUUCCAUGAGCACUGUCGAGGGAUGAAGUUUGAGAAUGUCCAGACGCUCACCGAUGCUAUCUCUGACAUCAUCACAGACAUGCGAUGGGGCUGGGUGGACCAAGCAGGAGUCAUCUGUACACAAGAGGGCAUUUUCCGGGUUAACUGCAUGGACUGCUUGGACAGGACUAAUGUAGUUCAAGCAGCUGUUGCACGUGUGGUCAUGGAAAAGCAGUUGAAGAAACUGGGGGUGAUGCCCCCGGAACAGCCGCUGCCCCUCAAAUGUUACAGGAUCUACCAGGUGAUGUGGGCCAACAAUGGAGACACCAUCAGCCGCCAGUAUGCUGGCACAGCUGCUUUAAAGGGAGAUUUCACACGCACAGGAGAAAGGAAACUAGCCGGAGUGAUGAAAGACGGAGUGAACUCAGCCAAUCGCUACUAUUUGAACCGAUUCCGUGAUGCAUACAGACAGGCUGUCAUUGACCUCAUGAUGGGGCUCCCUGUUACUGAGGACCUGUAUUCUAUCUUCAGCAAAGAGAAAGAACAUGAGGAGAAAGAGAAAGAGAGCCAGAGAGGAGCACAGGAACAGGUCAGCCUCCUUCUCCAGACAUACAUGCAGCUUCUGCUGCCAGAUGAUGAGAAGUUCCAUGGAGGCUGGGCACUCAUUGACUGUGACCCCAGUCUUAUUGAUGCAACACACAAAGACGUGGACGUUCUAUUACUGCUGUCCAACUGUGCAUAUUAUGUUGCUUACUAUGAUGAGGAGACCGAUAAAGUUCACCAGUACCAGCGUCUUGGUUUAGAAGGCUUGGAAAAAAUUGAAAUAGGCCCAGAGCCCACUCUCUUUGGCAAACCCAAAUACUCCUGCAUGCGACUGCAUUAUAAAAGUGGAGAAGUUAGUGGCUAUUUCCACACCUUGAGGGCUGUCACAAGGAACCCAGAAGAUGAUGGAAAAGACACCCUGCAGUGUAUAGCAGAGAUGCUUCGUAUAACUAAACAAGCGAUGGGACUUGACGUGCAAGUCAUAGAGAAGAAAUUGGAAAGGAAGCACAGUAAACCUCAUGAAGACAUCCUGGGCAUACAGGGGAAAGCCACUGAGCCAAUACUUGGCUCAGGCUUGGCUCAGGGCAAAAGUUUCUUCUUGAACAAAUUCUCAUCCUUAAAUCAGAAAGUAAAGCAGACCAAAACUAAUGUAAACAUUGGAAAUUUCAAGCCCCUUGGCAGACUCGAGAUGAAGGUCAACUUCCUAAAGCCCAACAUGAGGGUGAACCUUUGGAAAUCAGACAGUAGUUUGGAGACUUCUGAUGGCAAUCCAGGCCCUGGAUCUAUGAAGGACCUUUGUAAUGACCGUUCAGAUCUAGAGAUCUCUGACGACUCUGACUCCUAUAACUCAGAUGAGCAGCCAUGCUCAGGUUCCCUGGAGAACAUCGACUAUGUGCUUCCCAGUUGUGGGAUUGUAGCAUCUGCACCUCGACUUGCCAGCCGGUCCCAGUCCAUCGGAAGUGUUGAACUCACUGUGCCCUCUGUUAUUCGUGUCACAAAUUGCGAGAACAAGAUAGGGGACAGCUUGUUAGUUGAACCAAACUCUGAGUCCCCUGGCACAGCCUCAGAAGCAGAGGAGGCCAUCUUGAUUGACUUUGGGACACCAAUCGAUGCUUACUGCCACCAGUUUAUCCAGGAUGCCCAGACCAAACCAGUAGAAGUGUUCGAAGAACGCCCAGGCUUGCCACCAAACCCACAAGCACCUGAGGGUCUCAAAGCCCCUCCGGCUUCAGGCUCAAAGCCAGAAACUUUAAACACCCAGCAGCCGCAACUCCCUCGUCCAUCUCAGCUUGAUGUGGAAUCUUCAGUCUCAGGAGGAAAACUCCUCACCGUCCAGCCCCCAGGUUCGGCCGCAUCAUGUAGCUCCCAAAAGAGCCUUGGCUCCAUCUUAGAAGGGAGUCUAGGGCCUUCUCCGGCAGACAGUAAUGGAAGUCGUGUGGUGUCCCCCUUUGCUAAGAUUAAGAGCUCUGUGGUGCAAGUGGCUAGCAUGACCCAAGCCGGACUCACUCAAGGUAUCAAUUUUGCUGUGGCGAAAGUUCAAAAAAGUCCAGAGCCUGAGGCUGUCAAUGAAACGCAGCAGAAUGAAUUGCGAGCUAUGUUUACACAGUGCCAGACUAGGAUCAUUCAGAUAUAAUGUUUGUUUGGCCUCAUACGGAUGCAUUUUUAGUGUAGAAUGUUACUUCUAGCACAGUAGCAGUAGCAUAAGUUUGCACACAAAAAGUGUACAGUCAGUUCCUCCAUAUUUCUGCUCCAUUUAAUGUAACUUAUGUUUACAGCCAGUGUUGUGUAGUGUGUGUGUAUAUAUAUAUAUAGUACACCUAAGCUGAACCUGACUGUACCCUUAUUCCGAGUAAAAUCCUUAACUUUACAUUACAACUUAUACAUUGAUGGUUUUGCAUGUUGAAAAAUCUUAGGUAGAUCGGGACAAGCAAGUUUUACUGCAUGUCGAAAGUCAAGAUCUAGUUUAGUCAUGUGUGACACCUGCUGUGCAGUACUCUUCUUUGCAUCUGUUGCUAUAGCCGAAACAUGUAAUUAAAAAAUAAAAAAGUCAGGCUCUAAUAUCUAUUCGAUGGGCAGCUCAGUAUUAGAAAGUAGAAAUGGAGGAAAGUAAACAACGCUCCAUACAGUUAAAAUAUAUAGUUGCUGUGCUACAUGUCAAUAGAAAUGUUCCAACAUAGGACCAGAAUUCUACUUCGUAAUCUAUGGUAAAAUAUUGUUCAGUAAAAAAUUUGAGUCUUCAGAAGUAGGGCCUUCUACUUAAUAUAUUUAGAUAGAAUACAUAUAUUUAUCAUAACAUGACAGGAAAGUUGCCACUUCAGAUGGACAUUUGAGGCACUUCAAGUCCUUACAAACAUUUUUUAAUUAUUAUCUGUUGAAUUUGAAAGAGUUUGCAUAAAGGUACAAUAAGUAGAAGAUCCACUAAAACUUGAAUAUUAAAUUAUUGGUAGUAAAUAUCAAGUGGAACAUUAGAUUAAAAGAUGCAGACUCAGGUGGAACUUCGCCUUUCGCUUCUCCUUGCUUUGGAUUUUAUUGUACAUUGUGCUAAAUACAUGUAAUGCUGAUGUUAUUCCGUGUGCUGCGAAAAAGCAAAACCUUGGUAACAAGGCUCAUAAGCAAAUUACUUAUUGUACCUUUAAUCUUGUGGGGAAUAAUAUAUAAAAUGAUGAAUAUUAUUUUCUAGAUUAUACAAGUAACCUGCUUAACCUUUCCCCCCUAGAAAUGCUGUAUGAUAAUGGUAAAGUGGCCAGCGUCUUAAAUUCUACUUGUGUUCAUUCUUUCAGAAGGGUUUAAUUGCAAAGCGAACCUGCAUCAAGUAUUUGCUUGACAAAUAUAUUUUGAUAUUCAAACGUAAAUAUUAACUUCACAGUCGUCUUUGUAUAAGGAUAAAUAAGUAAUAAUAUGUGUAUAUAUGAUUUACAUACAGUACUUUUGACUGCUUUAAGCUAUUAUUUGAUGCAGGCCAGAUGUAAAGGAUCCAGGCCAAACAUAAAAACACUGUAAAAUGCUUUUUGCACUCUUAUAUUUAUAUCAAGAGUCUUACCAUAUUCAUAGGUGCAGGUAUUUUGACAAGUAUGAUCUUAUAUUUAAUGUAAUUUUUCAUUUUUAUUGUUAUUUUGCUGCAUUUAAAGUGUAAUAAUUAAGGGUUUUGUCACAUUAAUAACAUGUUCAUUCAUAUGUUCAUGCUCAGGCUUGAGAUAUGACCAUUAGCGUGCUUUAAUUUAUUUUAAAGCAGGCGAACAGUACUGUUUGCGGUGGUACCACAAAUUCACCACACUUUAUGCUGUAUUUUCUGGGAAAGUUGAAUUUAAUUAUGCAGUUAUUGAUAUGAAAGAAUUAUGUAUGUGUAUCUUUGAUUUAAAGGGACACUCCAGCAAAAAAAAAGAAAAAAAAAGAAGAAGAAAUCAUCAGUGUAACCAUUUAUCUAUUUCUUCUAAACACAUCUACUUGCCUUUUAGUGAUAAUUCAGUCACAAGAGUAAGAAAAAACUAGUUUCAGUAGUAGCCACCCCUCCUGAUGAUGGCUGUAACUCAUUAAAGAACUGAAAAAUAAGUAAUAAUAAGGUCUUUCCACAUUAAUUAGAGCUGUGUAACUAAAUUACACACUUUGUGUAUAUAGUAAGAUGCAUUAAAUUCUGCGUAGUCUACGAGUUUUAAAUUUAGUUAUAUUGGUGAAAAUCACAAUCCACAGUUCUUAUAGUUAUUAGCAUAUUUGACAGCUCACAUUGAACUGUAUGGGUUUAAUUCAAACCUCAAUAACUCAAAAAUCAUUAGGUUUAUAAAUAAUGUCAACAUAAAAUAUUUUUUGCGCACAUUUAAUAAUAAUAAUGAACCUAUGAUUUGAAUAGUUGGAUUAUGUUCAUAACAUAUAUCUGACCUGAAGGGGUCUGUAGAAUUUACAGCUUAUAUUUAUUUAUUUUUAAUGAAAAGGGUCUCAGUCUGCAAAAUAUUUAAGAACCCCUGCAUUAAAGGACCAAAAUGCAAAAUGUUAGGCAGAAUGUUAAUAAAAAUGGUGACUACCCGCUAGCUCGCUACACACUGUAACGUUAGACUCAUCAGAUUGAGGGGGCGAGAUAUUUGUGUCUAGUUUGCGUUCGGUGCAAAUAGAAAUGGAAUUGAGUUUUCUAUCAAAUCCUUUGUAGUGGAUAUUGCAGUAGUUUUCAUAUGUUUCUCUGUACAUUGGACUGGGGUACUCUGCACUCACCUUUUAGAUGUCACCUUUUUGUACUGCACUGAAUAUCUGUCAUAAAACUUAAAAAAUAAUCUUGUUCCAAAACAACACUGAUUGGGGUAUACUGCUAAUGCUAGUGCUAAAGUAUUAUUGGAUUGGGUGCCUGCAGUGAGGAUUCCUAUUGAUGCCACAAUGCUCCUUUAAACGGUAGUUUUUAGUGCCGUUAAGCCUCACCUCAACUCUGUGAUUUUUGAUGAGAGCUGAUAAUUACAGCAUGCUCAAUUAUGUGUAGGUUGCUGAAGCGAAUGGAUUAUAAGUUGUAUUUUUUAUAAACCUGCAUCUUGAGGAGGAGAUAUGAUUCAGUAUAAUAUGAGUUGAAGCAGUGAGUUACAUGGUCCAGUUGCUGUUGAACUUAAAGGCAGACAAGAAUUCUGUGGAUAACCCAAUAAUUCUCUUUAUAUAUAAUAUGUGUGCCACAAACUAGGCUUGUAUGAAACUAAUGCAAUCAAUCUGGACUAGAGCACAGAUAUCUAUCACAUGCCUUGCAAUGCAUCUGAACAACACCCUUCACCUUGCAGGUGGUGAGCCCACAAGAUAGAUUCAUGUCACCAUUUUGGGCUGAGCCUACUGGGAAACAUAGGUGGCCUUUGCACAAGCAUCCCCAAGUCUGAGUCCCUGUAACCCAAAUCUUGGCAUGGUACUUUUAAUCUUUUUUUUUUUUUUUUUUGUACCUUUCAUGGGGGUAUUUGGGCUUUCUCUCUUUGUCUGCCCACUCGCCUCAGAUCUGGUCAUUAAGAUUGGCCCUACUUGAAGCAUUAAACUCCAGGUUCACCAAAAUCCACAUGCUCCUUCUCCAAAACAAAAAGAUCGUUUCUCGAUCCAAGGAAGUGAGGAGGUUAUAUAACUUAUGUUUCAUAUAAUGAAACUCAUGGUCAUCUCAAGCCUGAGGGAGGAUGGUUUAGUAUAGUUUUGAACUUGGUUUUGUUUUAUGUGUAAUGGUUGUACAUUCUCCACUAAUGCAUAUGCUAUUUUUAAUUACCGUAAUUUGAAAUGCAACUUGGGUAUCGACAUCAAGCCAUAUAACUGUCAUUUCAACAAUAACUGUAGCGUCAUUCUGAUAUCUGCUGCCUGUCUGAACGUCAACAUGCUGGUUAUAAUACAGGUUUGAUUUGAUGAAUGUUGGGAGAUGGGUUUUGCUUAUAGGUUCGUAAGACUUCAAGAUGGCAUGCACUGGACUGGAAUUUAUUCUAAUACUAUUUUAAUAAUUUAGGAUAUUGAUACAAGGCAGUGGUACAUAAAUGUAAACCUAUUCAAGGAACAGUUGUGUGUAAGUAAACAUUCCUGUUUUUCCAUUUAUUUUGUAUGUUCUAUGCAUAACCAGGUGCACUUUCCUUGUUUUCAUUCACAGAAUUUCUUGAAAUUACCAUAAUUUCACACAAAGUGCUUUGGAAACAAUGUAUAAUAUGCCAUUACCACUUUGACAUAUAACUGACAUGUAUAACUGGUUUUUGUUUGUUUAUCUCUGAAAAUAUUUUUCUGACUUACAAGUGUUUUAGGCAUUAUUUAAACACUUUUCAGCAUCAUCCCAUCUCUGUGUGUGUGUGUGUGUGUGUGUGUGUGUGUGUGUGGGAGAAUGAGUUCUUCCACACGAGUGUGAAAGAUUUUCAUUCUGUACCCAUAAUUUUAUUGCAUUGUAAAAUGGCCUAUUUAUUCCUAAUGCUUAGCCACUCUUACCCCUUGUAUUUGAUAACAAUUGUGUAAAACUGCUGUAUUUUAAAAUAUUAUUUGUCUUA